AUGAUGCCGGGUCACAUUUCUGCAAAGUUCACCCAACGGGCUUUGUCCAAGGAUCCGCAACAACUUCGACAGCAAAGCAAGGGUGUGCUUGCAAUAAAGUCACAAGCCAAUGCACCGGCUGAUACGGGUAUGAACCUGUUAUCCAUAGCCAAUGUGACUGACGUCCAAUUUUGGACGUCCAGCACUGGAAGCCCAAGUGUUGAGUCUGCCCUACAAUAUCUCAGAGAGUUUGAAUCUGCAGCAUUGAGCCACAUUGGUGGAAUCGAGAUUCUUGUCUUGUUUUACAUUGAAACAGAUACUGGCAAAGAGAGUUAUGAUCUUAAUGCACCUUAG